UCGACACACGCCACAUUUCCGGUCAACUUUUUUGUUCCUGUAUCCUCAAACUUGACAGCUAACACCGGGAAUUUUCACCCUUUACUUUUUGACCCAGGAUUCGACUAAUUGUUGCAAAAAAACCAACCAAGGUUAUCCGUUAAAAUGGUUUUAUUCACGAUGAUCGCCCGUGUGGCAGACGGCCUGCCGCUGGCCGCCUCCAUGCAGGAGAACGAACAGCCAGGAAGAGACCUGCAGAAAUAUCAGAACCAAGCCAAACAACUGUUCCGAAAACUGAACGAGCAGAGCCCUGACAGGUGUACUCUGGAGGCCGGUGACGUGUCUUUUCACUAUUUGAUAGAACAUGGCGUGUGCUACCUGACCCUCUGUGAGGCUGUUUACCCCAAGAAGAUGGCCUUUGGGUUCCUGGAGGACCUUCAAACUGAGUUCUAUGACAACUACGGCAGGAAAGUGCCCACAGUAACCAGACCAUAUUCCUUCAUUGAAUUUGACACGUACAUUCAGAAGAUGAAGAAGUCCUACAUUGACAGCAGGACCAGGAGGAAUUUUGGCAGCAUCAACACAGAGCUACAGGACGUCCAGAGAAUUAUGGUGGCUAACAUUGAGGAGGUUCUGCAACGCGGAGAAGCUCUCUCUGCCCUGGACACUAAAGCCAGCAAUCUGACCAGCCUCUCCAAGAAGUAUAGAAGCGAUGCCAAGUACCUGAACACCAGGUCCACAUAUGCCAAGGUGGCUGCCGGGGCCUUGUUCCUCAUCACACUCAUCAUAUAUGUGCGUUUCUGGUGGCUCUGAGGAACCAUACAAAGGACUAAGGAGUGGACCCAUCUACCAUCUCGCCUUUCGAAGGCCACCAGUUACAUGUGUUUUCCUUUACUAUUUACGGCUAUACCUCUUUUACAGCAAGACAAGAUCCUGUAUGGGGCGAUAUUUGAAGAGUUGUCAGUUAUAGUAUGUUUACAUGAACUACUUCUCUAACUCGUUAAUGAUGUGAAAGUCAUGUGUGCCGAUUUGUAAGAAGGGUACCCUCUAUCCGUGGAAACCCUGGAAGAUAUGUUUACAUGUUCCACAUGUACACCAACCCUCUAACCCUACUACUGGGUUAGAGCAGCAGGGUGUGAAGGGGCUAACCCGUGAAUAUUAACCACCUUGGCUACCUGCUAAUCUCAAGAUUGAUUAUAGAUUCUGGCAAUAGAUUCACCCGACCAGUUAUAGAUCCAACCCCAUUCAUCAUCAGCAAUGUUUGUUACAAUAUUGACAGUAUAAUUUAAUUUCAACAAAACAUCCAUCUCAGCCAAGCUGAAUUUCAACAAAGCAUAAUAACCUUUUGGAAAAGAGCCACAUUUGUGGCGGUUAUUUGAAUUUGAAAAAUCCCUCCAUGAAGCCAACACAGCUUGCUGGACAGCUUGAGAGAUAGGCCUAACACAAGCCGGGUUAUUCAGGUUUCAAUGUAGCCCCUGUUUUAUUGGUUUAAAAAACAAUUGUAUGCAAUGGACUUUUUAAAUAUGAGGACACUGUGACGACUUAAGUUUACAAAAUAAUCGUAGAAUUAUAUAAAAUGUGACCAAAUCCUG